GGCUCAUAGCUGCUUGCCCCCUGCAGUCAGCUGAGUUGGUGUGUGAGUGUGUGACCUGCUGUGGUCGCGCAUGGAGACGGAGGAGAAAUCAGCGUCACACUGACGAGGUUCUGUGAAGCGCGUUAUUAUCAUCAUCAUCUUCAUCGCACUACAGAGGCGCGUCUUUAUUGGCAGUCUGCUCUCCAACCUGCGGUCACUGCAGAAGACACCCGGUUGACAGCAGGAAUACAACAGAAACACCUCGGGAGGAUGUCUGGCAUCACUGGGAAUAUGGAUUGCGAGGAGUGUUUAUCUUCUGCACAUGUGGCCAACAGCACGGAGUUACAUGUACAUGCUGUGGAUGAUGACGAUGAACUUCUGAGAUACAUCUGGAGGGAGUACUUACACCCCAAGCAGUAUGAAUGGGUUCUCAUUGUGGCUUACAUUAUUGUCUUCUUCGUCUCGCUCAUUGGAAACUCCUUGGUUUGUUUUGCAGUGUUGAAAAACCGCCACAUGCGCACCGUGACCAACUACUUCAUAGUGAAUCUCUCCUUUGCCGACGUCUUGGUCACCAUCAUCUGCCUGCCUGCGAGUCUCGUGGUAGACAUCACAGAGACGUGGUUCUUUGGGAAAACUCUGUGCAAAGUUGUGCCUUAUCUGCAGACCAUCUCUGUUUCUGUAUCAGUCCUAACGCUGAGUUGCAUUGCCCAAGACCGUUGGUAUGCUAUUUGCCACCCGCUGAUGUUCAAGAGCACAGCCAAGAGGGCACGCAAGAGUAUUGUUGUCAUCUGGGUUGUGUCGUGCAUCAUCAUGAUCCCUCAGGCUAUUGUGAUGGAGUGCAGCAGCCUGCUGCCUGAACUAACAAACAAGACAAGUCUGUUCACAGUAUGUGAUGAACACUGGGGAGCUGAGAUCUACCCAAAGGUGUACCACACCUGUUUCUUCAUUGUCACAUACUUUGCACCUUUAUGUCUCAUGGUCCUGGCGUAUAUCCAGAUAUGUCACAAGCUGUGGUGUCAACAGAUUCCUGGAAACACAUCAGUGUUACAGAGGAAGUGGAGGUCCAUCCAGUGCUCAGCCUCGGCUCCGGCGCCGGGGGAGCCCGUGAGGGUCAGGACCAGCACGGUCUGUGCUGAGAUCAAACAGGUCCGAGCCCGACGCAAGACGGCUCGCAUGCUGAUGGUGGUGCUCUUUGUUUUCGCCCUGUGCUACCUGCCGAUCAGCGUGCUCAAUCUCAUGAAAAGAGUCUUUGGGACUUUCAAGAAAACAAAUGACAGAGAGACAGUGUACGCAUGGUUUACUUUCUCACAUUGGCUCAUAUAUGCCAACAGUGCAGCAAAUCCCAUCAUCUACAAUUUCCUCAGUGGGAAGUUCCGCGGGGAGUUCAAAGCGGCCUUUUCUUGCCAAGGUCAAAAUCAAACUCAGAGGGCGAGGCCCAGAGCGAGCACAGACAGCAGGAAGUCCCUGUCAACUCAAGUCAACAACAUGGACAAUGUGUCACGCAUAUCAGAUCAGAUAGUGUAGUCUUAUAAUCCAGGUGGGGUGUACUUCUGACACUGUCAUCAUUAAAGGCUAUCUAUUUUUCAACCUGGACCCUAUUUUCCCAUGUUUAUGUGUCUACGUGACUAAUGGGGACAACCAUUUUUGAAAUUGGUCCAGUAUCGAGGGAGAACGCUGCAGUUGGCAGCCGCUAAACAGGCUGCAAUGUAAUCGCUUCAGGCAAUUCCGCACCUUCCAUACGUCUUCUAAAGGUGCUUGUUUUUGACACUGACAGGCUCAGAUUGUUAUUAUAAGUAGGGCUGUCCCGAUUACCAUUUUUUGGGCUUUGAAGCUUUGGUGAGAAUUAUUCAAAGGCAUUCAAAGCUUUGCACAUGUUCUUCUGUCUGUCUGUCUGUCUGUCUGUCUGUCUGUCUGUCUCCAUCUCCCCCGUUUCAGUGCUCGGGACAGUGCCGCUGCCGCACACACAUACACCUCUACACACAACAAACAGCGAUAUCCGUCUGAGAAUAAGUAAUAAUAAUUCAUUUUGAAUAUGAAUGA